AUGCCCCCCCAAUCGGGACGACCUAACCGGCAAUUUAUCUCACAGCAUGAUGACGGUGUGGUCGAGCGGGACGAAUUGUCAGACGGGUCUGAAUACAAUCCGAAAUCUUGUGUUAAUAACCAUCUGGCUGUAAAGAAAUCAAACAAAUUCAGUGUGGGUCAAAAUAAAAUCAAACUCGACCGAAAUAAACGAGCAUUGGUUCGUGCACUCGUAAAAUGUGGCAAGUGGGACCACAAGGAGAUCGCCGCCACCUUCCAUGUAUCGCUUCCUCUCAUUAAAAGGAUCGUGGCCAACAGCUAUAUCACGGUAACCGACAAAGUAUCGGAAGACACAAAUUUUUAUAAGCAGAGUGACCUUGAAGAGUUGAUUUUAGGGCUGCCGCCCGCCCCAGAGAAAAAGAGCAAACGAAAGACACAAGACAAAACAUAUGCGAAAACCUCCAACAAAUCUGUGCAAGAAGUUCUUUGCAGGCAGCGUGUCGUCGCUUCCCCUUCUGCAUCAAUUUCUAUGGAGGUAGAACCGGAUUCAAAUACAAUGUGCAGUAUAUUCAAGAUGUUCCAAGACGAAGCGACACUUGUUCACGGGGAAAAGGUCCAUUCCAUCCUUGAGGAAAUUGGGAUUGAAGAUGACGAGACAAUGCCGUUAUUCAAGCGAUGAAAGAUUUCGGGAAGAACCACAAAAUAGCGAAGUAGAAUGCAUAUUGUGCUCAUGAUCGAUUCCGACUUAGUCUUUCACGGGUGGAUGUUUUAUUCCCUAGGAUCUACGCUGGACAGCGAAGCUGUUGGUUGUGAGCCUCCUCAUCUAUGUUGUGUGUGCAUUUAACUUAUCCAACUAACACCUGAUGCUACUUCGUUACCUGAAUGGAUUAAAAUACAAUAUGUUUGCAAGAUUCUGGCUUUCGACAAUGGAUGAAAAAUCGCGGGUGCCUGACGGUGUAAAAUUGGCUAGGAUCUAAAUGUGGGGAUCCUAGAAAAAUGGAGUCGAGAAUUAGGCGCGUAGGCGUCGUUAUGAUCAAAG